AGCCCGUGGCGGACCCCCGGCUCCCGCCCCCACCUCGCGGGCCGGCUCCUCGGGACCCCCCAGGGCCCAGCCCUCUCGCCGCCGGGUCUCCGCCUGUCCGGUGCCAGCUCCCGCCCGCCGCAGCCUCGCGGUCCUCCCCUCCCCGGCCCCUCGGCCCCUUUCAUCUUCCCUCGACUCCGCUUGGGGUUUUGCUGGUUUCUGGGAGAUAAAAACCGCCUCAAAUAGCGGCGGCGCGCUGCCAGGACAAACAGGGCCGGGCCGGCCAUGUGCGCCUAGUUACCAGCCCCGGGCCGGGGCGCCCGGGAAGGGCGGCGGGCCGAGCUCCAGGCACCCAGGCUCUGGCGAGGCCUCCCGCCUCCGAAAGUGGGGGCCCGUUUUAGAAAUCUUGGGCAGCGGCCGCGGCACUGCCUCGGUUUCCCGCCCAGGUCGGAGGGAGGGGCCCGUGGAGACCGCCCGCUAAGCUCUCUGAGCCCCGGGGGCGGCGGGUCACCGUCGCUGUGUCGCCGGGGCCGCCGCGCCCCCUGGUGAAGUUGGUGGGGAGUGCGCUAGGCCUGGACUUCUGCCUCCCGAGAAUCUGCAAAUCGUGAAAACCCUUCAACACACGUGAACUAAGCAGUAGUGGGGAGGCGGUGGCUGAAGACGGAUGCGCGUAGCACCUUCCUUCUCUCCAGUUCACUCUACAGGGCGUGAUGUGGGCCUUUUUGGAGUGCUGAAUGAAAUUGCAAACUCGGAGGAGGAGGUGUUUGAGUGGGUGAAGACGGCGUCCAGCUGGGCCCUGGCCCUCUGUCGAUGGGCCUCCUCCCUCCAUGGGUCCCUGUUCCCCCAUCUCUCUCUCAGGAGCGAAGAUCUGAUUGCCGAAUUUUCCCAAGUCACAAACUGGUCCAGCUGCUGCUUGCGGGUCUUUGCGUGGCACCCCCACACCAACAAAUUUGCGGUGGCCCUGCUAGAUGACUCAAUCCGUGUGUAUAAUGCCAACAGCACUACAGUCCCCUCCCUGAAGCACCGGCUGCAGCGAAAUGUGGCGGCUCUGGCCUGGAAGCCCCUCAGUGCCUCCGUCUUAGCUGUGGCCUGCCAAAGCUGCAUUCUCAUCUGGACCCUGGAUCCCACCUCCUUGUCUACCCGACCCUCCUCUGGCUGUGCCCAAGUGCUCUCCCACCCUGGGCACACACCUGUCACCAGCUUGGCCUGGGCCCCCAGUGGCGGGCGGCUGCUCUCAGCCUCCCCUGUGGAUGCUGCAGUCCUGGUAUGGGAUGUCUCAACAGAGACCUGUGUGCCCCUUCCCUGGUUUCGGGGAGGUGGGGUUACCAACCUGCUCUGGUCCCCGGAUGGCAGCAAAGUCCUGGCUACCACUCCUUCAGCUGUCUUUCGAGUCUGGGAGGCCCAGAUGUGGACUUGUGAGAGGUGGCCUACUCUAUCAGGGCGCUGUCAGACUGGCUGCUGGAGCCCAGAUGGAAACCGACUGCUGUUCACUGUACUGGGGGAACCACUGAUUUACUCCCUGUCAUUCCCAGAACGUGGUGAGGGAAAGGGGCGCGUUGGAGGGGCAAAGUCAGCAACGAUUGUGGCAGAUCUGUCUGAGACAACAAUACAGACACCAGAUGGAGAGAGAAGACUUGGGGGAGAGGCUCACACUAUGGCCUGGGACCCCAGCGGGGAACGUCUGGCUGUGCUCCUGAAAGGAAACCCACGGGUCCAGGAUGGUAAACCAGUCAUCCUCCUUUUUCGGACUCGGAACAGCCCCGUGUUUGAGCUACUUCCUUGUGGCAUUAUCCAGGGGGAGCCAGGAGCCCAGGCCCAGCUCAUCACUUUCCAUCCUUCCUUCAACAAAGGGGCUCUGCUCAGUGUGUGCUGGUCCACAGGCCGAAUUGCCCACAUCCCUCUGUACUUUGUCAACGCCCAGUUUCCACGUUUUAGCCCCGCGCUUGGCCGAACCCAAGAGCCCCCAGCUGGGGGCGGAGGCUCUAUGCAUGAUCGGCCCCUCUUUACUGAGACAUCCCCAAUCUCUGCCCCUUGGGACCCUCUCCCAGGGCCACCGCCUACUCAGCCCCACUCCCCUCACUCCCACUUCUAAUAAUAAAAAUGUCUUCCUGGCUUUCCACUCA